UGGGUCAACGGGAAAAGAGGCCAGCAGCGUCACAUUCUGCAGGAGUAACGCAGUUUACUGGCUAGGUGAACGAGCGAUGUGUAUGCUAUUCAAUUGCUAGCUCGGUUACUUAUGGUCGAUGCAACGGUAUAACGGCUGUUAGUGGGAUAGUGAGUUGGGUGUACGGUAUAGUGCAGUCCUGGCUUUUGUUGACCGCUGGCUGCACGGCCUACUGCCGCCUCCGCCGACUCCGACGCUCGCGGCCAGGCGGAACAACGCUCGAUAGGCUAACUUCGAAGCGGAAACACGAGCCCCAUAUCGCGCGUGAUUGGUCACCAUCGACGGAGCCUCCCUUUAACGGGGUUUCCCCGUCAAGAAAGUGCUUUGCCUUUUUGUCCGCGUAACUUGUUUAAUCAAAACGGAACAGAUAACCACUGUACGUAUAUAAAAUAAUUGAUAGUCUUCGGUGCAGGUAAAGUUCUUCCGAUGCGGUCGUAUCUGUUCUGAAAAAGCGUUCAGCGCCAUGCGCGCAGGAUCGUCGAAGGGGCUCGCUUACCUAUGUUCUAGCAGCUAUGCCAAGAUGGCGGUGUACUACUAUAUGGCGGUAGGCUUGCACUAGUCUGAGUGGUUACCAGCUACGGCGGGGUCACAGCAAGUGCGCUGUAAUCUAACGUUUACACUGCUCUCCCCGCCAUUAUAACUUGCUUCAGCCCAAAUGCAGCCAAAUGAUUUUUGUGAUAUACACAUGGCUUGAAAAAAAUCUGAGCUUUGAUUUUGAUGGAGCGGCGCAAGGUAACAACCAUCUAGAUGAUGCUUGAACUUGUGACUAACACCGAUCCUACGCUGCUACUGAACGCUAGGCCGGUAACGAAAUAAUAAAACGUUGGGUUCUUUUUACAGAUAACCAUAGCACAAGUUUUAUAAUAAAACCAGUGAACCUCAUGAAUUAAGCUGCCGUUCGUCAGUUCUUGGUACACGAUUUGUAAAGUUGUGAAGUUUAGCUAUCUUUGCGAAGUAAGAAAGCGAAUUAAGCGACAAGAACGCAGAGUGUUACGGUGUACUUCAAAAAAAAAAAAAGGAAGGAGAAGAAACCGUGUAUGACUGAUUCUUGUGCCACAUAGGAUAUACCAGUUUAGGUGUAUUUCGGUGAAGGUAAUCCACUGAGUUAAUAACGACUAGAUACAAUGGAGACAAGUCUGAAACGUGCAGCUACCAUAUCGAAGGUGCGCGAAUUACAACUUCCUUGGACUGAGGAAAUUGAAAAUGAGUAUGACAUCCUUCGGGAGAUUGGUUCCGGUGAUUAUGGCAAAGUGUCGCUCGCAAAACACAAAAGCACAGGGACAGAGGUGGCUCUAAAAGCAAUCCCAAAAGCAACAACACCAUUGCGAGAUUUUUUGAUGGAGUUCCACUAUUCGUACUUUCUAUCCCCGCAUCCCUGCAUCCUUGACACCUACGACGUAUCAUUCGAAACACCUCAAUAUUACUAUUUUGCCCAGGAAGUGGCACCACUCGGCGAUCUUUGGCAGGUGAUCGAACAAGAAGGCGGUAUUGAAGAGGCUGAAUUAAAAAUCGUCCUACAACAGGUCGUCCCUGCUCUCGAGUUUAUGCAUUCGAAGGGACUCGUGCAUCGGGAUGUACGAGCAGAGAACAUAUUGCUCUUCUCGCGAGACCUCAGAAAGGUAAAACUGACAGAUUUCGGCCUAACGCGACGGGCUGGGACGUUAGUGAAGAAACGAAGCCGUUCAUUACCAACGUGUCCGCCAGAGAUAUGGGAGAUGGUCAACCUAGAAGGGUACCACGUCGAGUUAGGUUCGGAUGUCUGGCAGAUCGCUAUGCUCAUCUUUAUUGCUCUUACAGCUCAUUUCCCAUGGGAUAAAGCAGAUAUAACUGACCUUAGAUUUAACGAAUUUAUUGAGUGGCAAAAACGUAAAACGACGAGAACGCCACGCGAAUUCAAACGCUUUACGCCAAGGCUACUGCGAAUGCUCCGAAGGCUAAUGGAGCAGAAACCUUCGAAAAGAUAUGAAAUCACCGAGGUGAAUAAGUACUAUGCCGAUCGCUGGGUCCUUAUCCGACAGGGUAGCCGCUUCGACCUUACCGUCGACGAUAGUCCCGGACAGAGUAGCGCCAACCCAAACCUCCUAAGCCCAACAUAUCAAGCGGAAUUCCUUGCCGAACAACGUAAAAAUUCCUUCAAGGGUGGAACACUUCCACGUUUAAGAGAAACAACUCCCUCAGCCAGAUAGGGCAGAAGGCCUCAGAGGGAGCCAGAUAUUCCGGAUAACCUAUUCAAAUGUACCACGAAACGGGAACUGAAUCAUCUUCCCGCAAAGGCUCUGGCCCUAACAGUCGCUCAACUCAUCAAAGCCUACACUUAUAUAUUAAACAGUCCAUUACCAUUAAAGGUGACGUAAUCUGUAUAGGUGAACACAUAUAUAUUUAAAGACAGGCCAACUAGUUGUACGUAACUGAUUUGACAUUCUUCUCAGGUAUGCUCCCCGUUUCACUUUUGAUGAAACAAGAUGAUCGUCAUGCUUUGCUGGGAUGGAGCUCUACUUCGAUAAGACGAUCGUUUCCAGUGGUUUUUAUCAGAUAUGUGUUCGACCUUCUAGUAGGCCGUCAAACGCGCACGUUAGGGAAUCGCGCUGGUAGUUAGACCCCGUUAAAGUCAGUCAUGAUGUUUUUCUUAUGCCAUGCACAUUCUAUACGUAAUAUUGCCCGUGUCUCGCACAAUCUCAUACCGUGAAGUUGAAUGAUAUCGAGUGAUUAAUACAGCGGAACACAGCCUGUCUACAAGUGAUUAAUAAUAUGUCUAUGUGCCUUUUCAUGCGAUACUAUCCUCAUAACAAAUAUGUAUUGUAGAAUUUUAAUUAAAUUCGCUCCGAUUAUCGAACGAUGACAUUGAAGCUAGGUACAUUUUAUGGUCCAUACAGCGGUUUCAGUAAUAAAACUGAUGCCCUGUACCUGCGUUUCCAAAGCUAAGUUACAAACCGUUGCUCAUCAGAGUUGUACCCUGUACGUUAUCCAGAGAACCGAGGAGACCGAAAGUAUAAACAAAAAUUACCUAAUAAUAAAACUUUCAUAACAUCAUCCUGUGACGAAGGACAGAGAACUUGUUUAAAAAGAAAGAGGAAAACGGAUAAGAAUGAGCUUGUCCAUAAGGCAGUUGUUUUGUAGAGCUUUGUUCAGUAGACAGAUGGGUCUAUGGUAAAAAAUCGCUUUUCUCGCAUUUUGGCAACUCAAGUGAUUCCUUCACCGGUUUACAAAGCGCGAUACAUAGGGUUCAUAUUGUCGAUGCUGUUGUGCGCUAGCGCAGUUCCCUCUAAGGUGCAUCCUUCGAUUUCUAAAAAUCAACGGUUCAAAUCCACCAAACACCUGGAAGACGCACUAGAGACAUUCAUUGCUUUAAUUACAUGUUGUCGAAGUUCGAUUAUUAGUAUGACUGUUAUCACCAUAAUAAACCGCGACAAUGAUCAUAGUGUAGAAAACGUCGAAUAGGCGGGUAGGCGCUUGGAGGAGCCCUGUUUAUCAAUCUUUCGGAGUGCGUCAUGCUAAAAUAAACGCACUCGGGGAGUUGGACACUGUUUACAUAGAAAUAGCGCAAUAAUCCAAUGGCAUAUAAAUAGAACCACUGUAACAAACAAAACAAGAACGAAUAGAGUCGCAAUAAACCGUUCCAUACUACCUCACUUGGGGUCUCAAUGUGUGAUUCUGGCGUUUUCCAU